AUGCCCGGUGGCAUACAUCCUCCUCUCGAUGUCAAGCUUAGUUGGCCGAAGCCAAGCUAUGUUGAUCCAGUACUUCGACCAAACACCAUCGUGCUGCUGGCUUGCAUUAUGGGACCAAUCACUGUAGUGAUGACUCUUGUAAGAAUGUGGGUUAGAGUUUUCCAUCAACGGUGUGCCGGUUGGGAUGACUGGCUCAUGCUCGCUGCUCUUAUUCCAACUAUCGCGUUGACAGUCCUCUAUCCUCUGGCAAGCCUCCAAGCCUUCGACCGACACGUUUGGGACCUGAACUACCUUUUCGAGCCUGAAAUCAUCGUUAUCGCCCGAAAGUACGUACUGGCAACCGAGUGCAUAUUCUGUGUUGCAACCGGUCUCAUCAAAGUCUCCAUUCUGCUCUUUUACCGACGUCUGUCAUCGCGGGCCAUUUCAAGAACAUUCAUCUGGGUGACAUGGGCUAGUAUCAUUUUUAUCAUCGCCUACAGCAUUGCCUUGACUCUGGCCCCGAUUUUUGGCUGCCAACCAAUCUCAGCAUUUUGGGAUCAAGUAAACAUCAUCAAGGUACUGCAGGGGUAUGAGUAUCACUGCUUCGAUGAAGGCGCCGAUGUCUUAGCUGCCAGCAUCAUAUCAGCGGCACAAGACCUCUUAACCGCCAUCCUUCCUACCUUCCUCUACUGGAACCUCCAGAUCCCUCUUCGACAAAAACUAGCAUUAUUUGGUAUCUUUGCUAUGGGCUAUGGCGUAGUCGCGCUGGGAUGCGUACGAGCCUACUACAGCUGGUACACAUUUUAUGGUACCUACGAUGUCACAUGGUCGACGUGGGACCUCUUUCUCACCUGCAUGCUCGAGCUGCACAUUGGAUGCCUCUGCGCAAAUGCACCCGCCAUGAAGGUCUUCUUCAAGCAUUUCUUCCAUGAAAAGUUUACUCAGCGGUCAAGAACUCGAACCCCAGCAGGUUCUGACGAUCGUCAUGAUAGCGCGCAAACCAAGUCGAAGAACUCGUGGAGGAGGUUCGCACCGAACCUUGCAAGUGGAAGCUGGGCGCACAGCUCCAAAGGGUAUCACGACUCUCACACUGGUGUAUCAGUCGACCCACAUGGCGGAGUGCAUGUUCACAAGGAGAUACAGGUCACACGUUCGCCAGUGAGUACAGCGUUUCCGACUCCCAGCUUCCGGCCAUCAUCAACGAUCACAACCGACAUGAUCUGCGACCGCGAUUAUGAGGAUAUUGAACUCGGUCGCUACACCACGGCGCACAACUCCCGUACAUCCAGCAUGCGAUCUACCAAGCGCUUCGAAGGACACGACUUGGAGGCGCUUCCCCCAUUACCCAUGUCGCCUGCGUCACCGAGAUCCCCAGCUAGCUCCGCCUCUCUCGUAUCACACCCGCACACGCCUACGGAGCAGAAGCUACCCUUGACACCCUUGCCAGCAAUUGUGACAAGUGAAGAGAUGAAGAAGGAGAGGAGUGGAACGCCCAUGCCAUCACUGAGCGAGCAUCAAUCGCCCUAUCCGCCACGAGGCUCAAGUCAGAAGAACCCAACCUGGCAGUCGUGGUCAUGA